AUGGGUGCCGGGGAAUCAACUGAUGAUCUUGGUGCAAUAGAUAACAGUCAAUGGUACAAGAAAUUUAUGAACCAAUGCCCCUCUGGGCAACUUACUCUCCAUGAGCUUAAGGCAAUACUGGGUCUACGUGAUAUGAACCCUCAGGCAAACACGUAUGUUGAGCAGGUGUUUCGCGUCUUUGACACAAAUCGGGAUGGAUUCAUAGACUUCUUGGAGUUCAUAGCUGCAAUCAAUUUGGUUAUACGAGGGAAAAUUGACCAAAAAUUGAAAUGGUACUUUAAGCUAUACGAUGCUGAUGGAAACGGAUGUAUUGACAAAAAAGAACUACUAAGCAUAUUCACG